AUGGUAAACUCUGAGCUGCGCCGGCAGGUCAUUAACGUCUACAAAGAGCUUUUGUUCUUAGGACGGGAAUAUCCUCUGGGCUAUCAGUAUUUCCGGGAUCGGCUUCACCGUGCGUUUGCAAGUCAGACUCAGAUUACCGACGAUGAGCAGAUCCGCAAGGGAAUAGCGAGGGCUGAGUUUGUGAAGAAAGAAGUGGAAGCGCUGUACUAUUUGAAGCGGUACCGAACGCUGAAAAAAAGAUAUGGAAGUGAGGCCUAA